AGAGAAAAGGAGGCGAAGGGCAAAAAGAAAACAGAAGCAUUUGAAGCAAAAAUUCAGAGAAAAAGAAGCAUAGACUUUAUAGUUAUAGGCUUGCAGCAAGCAACGUUAGGACAAGACAAAAAAAAAGGCAAAGUGGAAAAUAUUUUGGAUUUUUGUUCAAGCGCAUUAUCUUUUUCAAAGGUUUGUAAAAGCAUUUAUACCCUUUUGUUUUUUUAUUGUACUAUAAUUCCAUCCCAACCCCAAAGUUCUAAAAUUUAAGCAACAAGCUUUCCGCUUUGUUGGGUCAUAUAUAGUAGCUUUUGUUAGUGGGAAGUUGGUUUUUGUGUGCAAAGGGAGAGGGAAGGGGGGAACAAAACAAAGGCAAAGAGAAUGGAGGUGGGUCAGAUGCAGAGAAGGUUGAUGGACUACACAAAAUCCUUGUUUAUGGAGGGUUUCUUGGAUGGUCAGUUUUUACAGCUUCAACAGCUUCAAGAUGAGAGCAACCCAGAUUUUGUUGUUGAAGUUGUGUCUCUCUUCUUUGAUGAUUCUGAAAAACUUCUCAAUGAUCUCACCAUGGCUUUAGAUCAGCCAAAUGUGGACUUCAAAAAAGUUGAUGCACAUGUCCAUCAAUUGAAGGGCAGCAGUUCCAGCAUUGGAGCGCAGAGAGUUAAAAAUGCUUGCAUUGCUUUCCGCAACUUCUGCGAGGAGCAGAACACUGAAGCGUGCCUGAGAUGUCUUCAACAAGUGAAACAAGAGUAUUACCUUGCGAAGAACAAGCUUGAAUCUUUGUUCAGGCUAGAGCAACAAAUUGUGGCAGCUGGUGGGUCAGUUCCAAUUAUGGAAAUGGGUUUUUGAAGACCUUGAACAUGAAGGAUAAAGCAAGAUUUUGGGUUGGUUUAUACAGUGGCACAUAUGGUUUUUGUGAUCCACUUCAAUUCUGCCAGUUACUAUAGGGUUCAGUUUUUUCUUGCCAAUGAACUUGUUUGUUGUAUGACUUUCAUGAAAGAAGAGAUUUCUUCUAGUUUCAAUCCUAACCUCAAAGGAACCUUUCUGUUGAUAAUUUCUUCUUCAUUAGCACUUUUUCUGCCAUUCAUGUGACUCUUGUCCAGUUUGUGAAGCACUACAAUUGAUAGAUUUCUAAUGCCACUCAUUUGCAUGGGUGGUCUUACAAUAUUUUAUGCAAUUAGUACAGGAAAAUUGAUAGAAAAUCAUGCAUCAAGCCUUCAAUGAAUGAAAGACUGUUCGAGAACACUACUUCCUAAUGGCUCAAAGAGAACAGAAGCUAAGAUUAGAUCCAUCAUUUGGUAAUAGCACGCACACAUACACACAUGCACGCAUGAAUUCGCGCACGUGACUCAUGUCGGGGUGAUUAUAUGACUGUUAAUACAUCCAAGUACUGAAUUUACUCCUUAAUCUGAUGUUAUGCUAGAUAGCAGGGGAGCUAAUCUUCCUUCUUUGGGAGCCCUUCCUAAUGAAGUCCCACCAUUGGAAAUAAAAUUUUAUCCUCUGUGUUCUCUUCUUUAAUCUUUAGAUUACGAUGAUUUAUUGUUACAUCCCACACUUAAUUGCAAAAAUUGUUGUCUGUUAUUACUGUUAUUAGUCUAGGAUCCAUCAACAUUCUUGGUUGGCAGCCAUGCUUUCAAAGAUACAAUGAGAUUUGUUGUUUAAUCUGGUUACAGAAAUGACAGACAAAUUUGAUUUUUUUCUCCUACUACUGUUCUCUCUGUUUCCCCAUUGUAGGAAUAUAGGAAUAUAAAUCCAUUUAUGAAGAUAUGAUUCUCACAGUGUCAAUUACAAUCUGUUGGGCCUGUCUCUUUGUCUGCUGCCAAACUAAUGGACAAGAACUUGGAAAUCAGUGGAGUCUUCUUCCCUUAUUUCCAAUAUUUUGUUAAAAAAAUGAAAAAAUAAAAGAAAAAAAAAACUUUUCAGUGAAAUGGGCAAUCACAUAGUCAAACAUUCGGUCUUUUUUAUACUUAAAUAUUAAUAAUUCAAUCAUCAAUGAGAAGCAAGGUUGAGAAAGUUGUGGGGCAUUAUGUGGGUAAAAUUUUGAAUACAUUAAAUGCAUACGGAAAAGGAUUAUAUUUUAGGCCAAACCAAAGAUGAGAAAAAGAAAAAGAAUGUUUGUUGAUAUGCCAACCAACAAAAUAAUGUUAAACCAAGAAAUGGGAAAGUAACAGGCAAAGCAUAUUAACCUUUGGAAAGAAUCAUCAACCAUCAACUCAAUUAAUCUGGUCCCACAAUGAAGCAUCUUUGAAGGUAAAACUUUUGUUGGUGCAUUAAUUACUAUAUUUAUUGGUCAAUGUUUUAAAGAUUGCACAAUGAAUGAUGCUAUAAUCCAACGAUAUUUGAAGUGAUUUAAGACUUGGAAUAACUCAGCCGGGAUAGGAACAGUGAGGAAGAAAAGCAGACUCCAGCGCCACUAAACCAUCGGCUUAUUUGUUGUUCAUGCUUUCAUUAUAUUCCAACGAAGAAUAUAUUUGAUGUUGAGAUGGUUUGAUCGGUGGUACGAGGCUUCCUGGUUUCUAAUGGCAUCUUCAUCGAUCUGAAUAUGAAACAUAAUGGUUUCUUCUGUUUGAAGCAUUGUCUUUUAGGAGAUUCUACUAUGAAGAAUAUGAGCAAUACAAACAAAGGUGCUAAACUAUCAUGAAACUAAGAUUGAAUUUCUGUUUAUUGGGAAUGGAAAACUGAUAUAA